AUGCAUGCACCCACCAAGACCCCCCCACCAACACCCACACCAAGACCCCCCCACCAACACACCCACCAAGACCCCCCCACCAACACCCACACCAAGACCCCCCCACCAACACCCACACCAAGACCCCCUCACCAACACCCACACCAAAACCCCCCCACCCCCACAAACACCAAGACCCCACACCAACACCCCCACAAACACCAAGACCCCCCCCACCAACACCCACCAACACCCACACCAAGACCCCCCCACCAACACACCCACCAAGACCCCCCCACCAACACCCACACCAAGACCCCCCCACCAACACACCCAUCAAGACCCCCCCACCAACACCCACACCAAGACCCCCCCAACAACACCCACACCAAGACCCCCCCACCAACACCCACACCAAAACCCCCCCACCAACACACACAGCCAAGACCCCCCCACCAACACACACCAAGACCCCCAUACCAACACCCCCACACACACCAAGACCCCCACACCAACACCCCCACAAACACCAAGACCCGCCCCCACCAACACCCACCAACACCCACACCAAGACCCCCCCACCAACACACCCACCAAGACCCCCCCACCAACACCCACACCAAGACCCCCCCACCAACACACCCACCAAGACCCCCCCACCAACACCCACACCAAAACCCCCCCACCAACACCCACACCAAGACCCCCCCACCAACACCCACACCAAGACCCCCCCACUAA